AUGGGGUGCGUUUAGGAUAAAAAUUAAUAGCAAGUUUUAGUUUAUGAAAAUAGCAUGGGAGAGCAUUUUUCAACAGUUUCAGGAAAAGAUAUUUAAAAUAUUUAAGUUGUAGUCAUGGGCGUAACUUAAGAAAAUGAGUAAAGAAUAUUUGCUUAUGAUGCACUAACAUAAAAAUUUAAAGCACUUUUGGUGCCUCAAGGAAUGACAAUAUGGAAUUAUUCUUGUUUAGUACAUUUAUCUAAUAGAGAAAUAUUUAUUACAGGAGGAUUGAGUUCAUCUGCUUCAGAAAUAAGUAGCCAGGCAUAUAUUUAUGAUAGCAUUAACAAUAGAGCAAUUAGAUUACCAAAUAUGAUAUGUCCAAGAUAUACCCACAUUAGCAUAUUCCAUAAAGGUAAACUAUAUGCAAUUGGUGGAAGAGAUUAUGGUGAUGAUGACGACAGUGCUAUUAGGUCAUAAUGCGAAAGAUUUAACUUUUUUAUUCAUAAAUGGGAGAAAAUUAGUAAGUUAAAUAUCCCCAGAUGUACAGGUUUUUCCUUCAUAUAUAAGGACUCUCUCUAUGUUUGUGGUGGACUUACUGGCAAAAUGCAUCGUUCAAGGGCUAUUGAAAGAUAUGAUGAGAGCAAUGACCGAUGGGUUUUAUUAGAUUUUAAGCUUUCGAGAGGGUUAGAGUGUGGUUCUCUAUUCUCAGCUGCUCACUUUUUGCCACCUACUUAAGCAAAAGAUAAAUUUAUUAUCGUUGGUGGAAACACUGAAGAGGGAUCAUAAGAUACUAUGUAUAUAUACAGUAUGAGUGAUAAAACUGUCCUUGGAGGACCUAGUAUGAACUAAAAAAGAGUUUUACAAAAAGCUAUCGCUUACAGCAAUAAGGUACAUAUUUUUGGAGGUUCAGAGACUGAUGGUGUUGAGGUUUACGAUUAAAGUGCUAAUAAUUGGAAAGAGGAUAAGCUACAAACAUUUUCUUUAUUUGUUUCUCCCUAAGAUAUUGACUUAUUCUCUUAUUCUUAACCUCCUGUUACUAUUCCUGAUGAGAUCCCUUUAUCAUCCAAGAUUAAUUAAUCUCAUGUACAACAAUAAAAUUAAUCAAAUAUAACUUAAGGAGUAUAGAAUGGGGUUAUUUAAUAUAAUAUUAAUGUAGAAAAAGUGAAUGAAGAAGAUGAAAAUUCAAAUGGGAAGAUUCUCAGUAGCAACGACUUAAAAAAAUCGAAUUUAAAAGGAGAAGACAAAAAAUUUCAUAUUGAGACUGAAUUAUCUCCUAUCGCUAAAAGUUUAAUUAAGGAAGAUUUAAUUGUUGAAAAAUCUUAUUUGUUCGGCACCGAUAUUGAUCCUUUUAUAUUAGAAAUAGAUUUCUUAAAUGCUAAAAUAGAGAAAAAAAGUGUUCCAUUGUAGAUUCGUUUAUUCUAAUAUUAAAGUGCAGUUGCUGUAAAAGAAAAGAAUUUAAUUUUGUUGAUGGGAGGAGUGCAUGAUGGAAUGAAUAAAACUGUUAAUUAUACCUACACACUUGACGUUGAAAAAUUUGUUGGAAAGAGAACUGAAAAUAUGAUAGUUGGUGCUUAUGCAUUUGCUACUCUUGCUAUUUAUCCAUAUGUUUAUGCGAUAGGAGGUAAAUAAAGUACUGAUUUAUCACAGAGCAACAGUACUUAUCCAGUUAUAUUGAAUUCUACCCAAAGAUUUAAUUUAGAAACAAUGAAAUGGGAAAAAUUACCAAAUUUAAAUGUUAAAAGAGUAUCUGCAAUGGUCACUAACUUCUCAAAUAAAAUAUACGUUUUUGGAGGAUUCAAGGGAGAUAUGGAGUAGGUUAGGCCUAAUGAAAUUGAAGUUUACAAUUAACAUUCCCCUGCUAAAGAUUCUAAAGGUUAACCUAUUUGGGAGGUUAUAUCUGUGAAAUUUCCUAUUGGAUUGGAAGGAGCUCCUCUUCUUAAAGUGAAUCUAUUGAACUAGGAACGCCCAGAUAUCAUAUUAUUUGGAGGAAGGACUUCGAGUGGAGAAAUUAAAUACAUAUCUAAAUUAUCUUUAGAGAUAGAUUAGACAUAAUCUGAAAAGUAAACUGAGAAUGAAGAAGAGGAAGAACAAAAUGAUGAAGAGCCUCAGCUUUCACUAAAGUUGGAUAAACUUAAUCAAAUGAUUUAGAGCAGGUGUCUCCACAAAGUAAUUUAGCCUUACAAAAAUUUUGUUCUAGUAUUAGGUGGCUAGUUUGAGCCAUAUGUUGAGUGUGUUGAUAUCUCCAAGAAUUACACUUCUGCAGCUCUAUCCUAAGUUCCUCAUAUUGAUUUGAUGGCAAAGACACUUAGUUCUUUCAUUAAGAAACUCAAAGAUCACACAUUAAAGCAAUGCUCAUUUACCUAUUUUUGA